AUGAAUGGGGUUGGAGGUGCCGUGCGAAAUUGGCCGUGCGUGGCUCUUCCACGGAGCCUCUUAUUGGGCUCUAUGAAGAGGGUACUCAUAACCAUGUCGGAUGCAACAAAAGAAGGAGGAUCCCCAGCAGAUAAAGGUGGAGAAAGAUUGGUCUGA